AAAGCAAGACCAAAAAGAUGACAACUGGAGAAAGCGUGUCGCUGUAGGAAGGCCUGCUGUCAGCUCUGAGGUGGGGAUUGGUCAUCUGUGACAUCCAGAGGAUCUGCGAGAGCCAUUUCCCUCCCUUCUCUCUUCAGGACCCCCAUCAUCAGCAUGCCUACAGCUUGCACAAGGUGCACCUUGGGAGUCUGACCCACCAUGUGCAGAUGGACGCCGUCCGUAGCUCAUCUCUGUCCUGAACCUGCCCUUGGCAGGACCACCAUCACCGCCACCACCACCACCACCACCACUGCAGCCUCCACCGGGCGGACUCUCCCCUUACCCAGCGCGGCCUCCCUUUGCCUGGCAUGCUUCACCUUGCUGCUGGUUACCGCUGGCACCGCCACAGGGGCCUGUCCUCCUGGGGUUGGACAUGAGCCCCUUCAGGUGCUGGCGAGUGGCAUCAACUGCUCAUGGACUUUGGAGAGGCACACUCGCAGUUACAAUCACCUAGAGGGCGACGUCCGGCUACGGCGACUUUACUCUGCCAACAAGUUCUUCCUCUGUAUUGACAAAACAGGCAAGGUGGACGGCACUCGGCGGAAAAACUACGCAGACAGCCUGAUGGAAAUCCGAUCUGUCAGUGUGGGAGUUGUUGCCAUCAAAUCUGUCAGCACCGGGCUGUACUUAGCUAUGUCCAAGAAAGGCACGCUCUUUGGAUCGGUGAAGUACAACCCAAGCUGCAAGUUCAAGGAGCGCAUUGAGGAGAACGGCUACAACACGUACGCCUCCCUCCGAUGGAAGCACAGCGGCAGGCAGAUGUUUGUUUCGCUGAACGGGCGGGGGAAGCCACGGCGGGGUCACAAGGCUCGACGGAGACACCCGUCCACUCAUUUCCUGCCCAUGCUCCCUUCCUAGCUGCCCAAGUCUGAACUCUGACCGGCGACCGGCUGACUGGCUCACCUGCCUCCUCACACUAGUGUUGAUCCAGCCGUGAAGGCAAUCUUUAUUUUCAUUAUUCCAUCCUCCUGUCACAUAAAAGUACAUUUGUUGAGGGCUGUAACAAUUGUAGAUUUAGUAUAAUAUGUACUUUUUAAGUUAUUUUCUCUAAUGAUGUUCAGUAAUACAGUAAAUAUACAGUAGGAUUAUACUAUAUCCAGGCAUCUGUCUGGCUGCAGUAUCGUCUGUGUGUCUGAACUGCAUGUAAAGCUGCGGUGUUGGGGUGAUGACUUUAAGAGGCUGUAAGAGGACUGAAAAGGGAUAGCAAGGCUAUUCUAGAUGCUCCGCUAAUUAAGAACGGAAGCAUGUGAUCGACUCUACAAUUAAGUUGUCACCAUGUAUCAUACCAUGUUAAACACAUUUCUCAUCUUCAUCACAUGUUGACCACCAUUUAAGCCAAUGAGAAAUUGAAAAAUGAUAAUAAGAUUUCCUGUGCAACACCGUUUCACAUAUGAUACAUUCACAUAUAUUGGUACAUGGUUUAUCACAUGUCAAACAGCAUUUCACUGAAUUAACGUACAGGCAUAAUGUGGUUUUUGGACAUUUUACACGUGAAAUGGAAAAGAUGAAUGUUUCACAUGUGAUAUGUUUAUAAGGCUAAAUCUGACUACUUUUAGGCCAGUGAAAAUGAAAAAAGUUAUAACAAAAUAGGUAUCCAUACACCAGAAUCAAAUUUAAGUGAAGUAAAGUUGUGAGGAUUUACAUCAUUAUAAUCUCUAUACACAGAUUACGUAUUCAUAUACAGAAAGCAUUGGCCAAAAUGGAACCCACCGGCUGUCGUCUGACGAUGAUCUAGCUUUUUAUUAGCUUAAAAUACGCUACUUGUGAAACAACACGGUCGUACAUGGCGUCUCUUAACUCCAGUCACGCACCUCAAGUUGCUAAUCAGAGUGUUAACAAGGAAUGGGAAACCAAAUAAUUAAUGAACAAUUCGAGUGGGGACUUGGACUCAUGCCCUCAGUAGUUCUAAAAUCCUGGUUAUGGCGCUACUGCAAAUCGAACAUCCUCACUUGUUGCUUGGGAUAUACUGUACUGACACUACUGGAUAAGAGACACUGAUCUGCACCUGAACUGUGCAGACGAGAUGAAAAUCUCUACUGACUUUAAACACAUUGAUAAAUGAACUGUUCUGUCUGUAUAUGUCUAUGUAUGACAAGAACACGAAGCUAACUACUGGGAUUACAUGCUGGAUUUUCUGAGAUGACCUGUGUAUGUUUGCGCAUGCUUCUGUCGGACUGCUUUUCCCGUUCAACAACCCACAGCUAAUAGAGUAGGAAUCAGUAUCAGAAAAGAAAAUGCAAAGUCUCAUCUAGUCUCCGAUUCUUUGUUGUGAAAUUAAAAAAAUAUACGUUUUGAGUCAUUUAACGCAUUAUAGCAGACAUAGGUAAAGCAGAUGUCACAUAGCAGCAACUUCAUUAAUUGUAUACACAGUAGUAAAGGGUUAUUACAUACUGCCUCUCUCUUAAGUCUUGCUAACAUUUUCUCAACAAGGCUGUUGCUAAUAGAACAUUUAAUAUAUUUAAAACAUUUUGUACUCUAACUGUUUGAAGUUGAUGUUUAUUGU